AUGUCAGAGGCUUCACCUGUUCAAUGUACCACGAUCCUUAAUCCUUCUUCUUUUUCUUCUUGGUCGUAUCUCGGAUUCUCUACGAGUAAGCGAUGUGUCCUAAUCAUCAGAUGUUCUCAGACUGAAAAUCCAUUGAGAAGGCCAUCUGCUCCUCCUACUCUCCGGGAGGCGUCACCUCCCCAAAAUCCUGUUCCUCCUACGCCUUCUUCUUCUGCUUCACCUCCGCCGCUGCAGAAAGCAGUUGCUGUUGAUGGUAAGAGUGUAGUUACGGCGAGUUUUAGAGACAGAAGGCCAAAGAGCUUCAGGAAUACUUUAAAGCUUGAAGCUGCUGGUGAAGGUGGGCUAUGUUUGGUUUCGAGGUCGGGGUGCUUACAGAAUAUGCAACAGGCUCCGGCCUUGUUGACCAAGUUAAAAUCCUUCUCUCCAACUUCGGUAUUAUAG